UCACAUGAACUAUUCAAGCCAUCAGCUGGCCCGCACGGGCCGGGCCGUCAUGUCACGGUCUGUUGGUCGGCUGUACACUUACACACACAAGACGUACGUCAGUCACACAAGCACCACACCCCAGCCAGCUAUGCACCUAUAUCUAUCCGACACGCAAGUAGGGGAGGGAGAGUGAGCAAAUGAAUAAAGACAUCCACCCACCCACCCACCCACACUCCAUCGAUGGAUGGAUGCAGACAUCAAUCACUCGUUUGACAAUCAAAUGCCGUCCUGAUGGCUGUCUCUCAUGUGGCGUCGGAGCUCCCUGACCCAUGCUGUCGCCAUCCUCACCGAGUCCAUAUCAGCUUCCACACCCUAACAGACAGACAGACAGACGGACGGACAGACAUCCACUGCAUGUGUGCAUGUGUGUGUCUCCCCCAACCCCCCCUCCCCUCACCCGCACCUACCAGGAAGUCCGCCGACGCGCCAUGACCCAACACUGACACACACACACACACAAAGGGAGAGAGAGAGUAUACACACGGGUAUUUCUCGUGGCUGGCUGGCUGCACCGCCCCCCGCAGCGUGCGUCCUUACACACCUGCGAUUGUGCGUGCGAGUACUUGGUCGUCCGUCAUGGGCUGAUUGACGUCGCCCACCUUCUUGCUGAACCUCUCGAUGUCGGGCUUGUCCGCUUGGAAGAGCAAGUCGAGCGCCUCCGGCUCACACGGGAAGAAGGGCAGCUGCACAGGCGCCACCCUGGGGUCGGCAGUGUCAUCCUUGCCGUGGCAGCAUGCCAGGACCAUGUUGAUCAGCUCGACCUUGGCCUGUGUGUCCACCCCACAGCCAGCUGUCUUACCCCUCUCUCUCUCUCUCUCUCUGUUCUCUCUGUCUGUCUGUGUGUGUGCGUACGUUGAGUAGCGUCACCAUGACGUUGCGCAGCAUAACGACCAGCUGGAAGGUCUUGGUAUUGAGCGGCUUGAAGGCGCACUCAUACACGCCGCUCGCCUUGGUCGUGUCGGCGUGGAGCAGCAGCCGGUGCAGAGGGGUGGGGCAGGGCAGCCGAAGCACCAAGUUCGAGGCGGCCUUGUCUAGCUUGUCCCGCUCUCCCUUGUCCUUGGUCUUCUUGUCCUUGUCUCUGUCCUUGUCGAACUUGUCCCGCUCGAUCUUGAUGCACAGCUUGGAGGGGCCGAAGAUGCGCGUCAGGCCGGCCAGCACCGAGUCCCACUGAGCCUUGGUCAACUCACGGUGAUCUAGAGGGAGGGAUGAGCAUUCACAGAGAGGGAGGGAGGGAGGGAGGGGGAUGUCGGUGUGCGUCUGUGUCUGGAGCGCAUUGCAUUUAUUGCCCACACACAUACAGAAGGGGUGGCUAUUGUCCGCUUUCUCGGCCCUGCACACACACCACAUCACACCACAGGACAGGACGCCACAGCUGCUGGGCUGCCUGUCUGUCUGUCUGUCUGUCCCUGAGUGUGUGUGUGUCGGCCAGUUGCUCACAUGGCGUGUAUGAGUGAUCUGGUUGCGUCGGGUGUCAUGCCGAUGAGCCCCACCCUCUGGGCCUCCUGCGACAGACACCGAGAAACCGCUACGAUCCAGCAGAAGUAAAACUGCAGAACUGACACACACACACACACACACGCAGAGAGGGAGGGAGGGAGGGAGGGAGAGAGAUCACCUCCAAUAUGUGUGUGUGAGAGUGUGUGUGUCGGUUUGUCGAGGGACCUUGGACGGCUGCGGGCCUGCGCCACUGCCAUUGUGUCGUGAAUAUGUACUCAAAGUCGCCCGGGGCCGUCCCGUCGAAGAGACGCCGGCACUGAUGCUUGAUCUCGUCACUACUCACACACAGCCAGAGAGAGAGAGAGAGAGAAUUGCGUGUGGUGCGUGUGUGUGUGUGUGUGUGUGUUGGUGCGUGCCUCCAUUUGUUGACGGCGUCCAGGAGGUGCGGCAUGUGGAAGUGAGGCUCGAAGUGGUCUCUCUGUACAGUGAGGCCGCGCUGCUCCCUGACCUCCUCCUGCCAGAUCUCCAGCAGGCUCACCAUAGCAGCGUGCCACACCUCACCUGACACAUCCAUCCAUCCAUGCACUGCACUCCCCCUCCCUCCCUCCCUCUUCCUCCCUCCCUCCCAGCCUCACUUGGCACAUUCUUGCUCUUGACGUGUUGGGGCAUGACGUCGUCAAAUAUCUGCAGCCAGGCCGUGGUCGGGCACUGCCUCUCGUGGGUCGUGGCCAGGUGGAUGAGUGCCAGCCACCACGGGACGCACGUGUCGCUGUCGUCGGGCUCCCGCCUUUGGUCCAGCAGCACGUCGAGGUGGGAGAGCCCCGAAUCGGUCAGCAGGAUGGCCCCCAGGCGGAUGGCCGUGGCCGACGAUAUGCACUGCCGAAGGUGCUCGCAGAUGAGCUCCAGCUUCGAAAGCUUGUCAGGGAGCUCGCGCAGCUGGCUGUCAUCGAUAGUAAUCCAGGCAACGGCGUGGCGCCACGAGCACGAUCUCCUGCUGUCUGGGAAAACUGAUUGGUGGAUGAAGGUCCAUCCCGACACGCACACACACACACACUCUCUGUGUCGUGUAGUGUCGUGUGGUGCGUGUGGUCGAUGCGCUGCCUACUGGUGAAUGCCUCGACGUCGAGUACAAGUCUGGCGAUGCUUGCCAAGUGGCCGGGUGUGGUGCUGAUGGCGUGCUUGAUGAGAUGCGAGUGGGCGAUCUGGUAGUCGAGGAAAACCAGACGGCUGGUCGGCCCCAACACGUACAGCUCGCCUUGGUGCAGGAAGCCGACGUCACACGUGCGGAAGUAGAACAGGCUCUCUGACACACACACAUGUCACACACACCCACACACACACUGGUGUCCACAGACAGAGACAGAGGCCGGCCGCGCCCACCGGUCAUCGAUUCUCCGUCCUUGUCGCGUAUGCGUAUCUUCUGCAUGGUGAAGAAGACGCGCUUGCCGUGGUCGAAGUAGGUCGGGGUCGUCCUGCACCCACACACACACACCCCACAGACACACAUGAGCGACACGAUCAAUGGGGACGUUAAGAGUGUGUCAGGUCGGACUGACUGACCUGGCCCUGACGUAGAUCUCGCCGGCGACGUACGGCUGGCACUCCUCCUUGGUGAAUGGGUUGACGAUGCGGAUGUCGACACCCUCCAUGGGCGGACCCUGGCUGACGAACCUGCGGGCGACGACAUUCUCGCCGCCAUUGAGCUCCUCGACCUCACCACAGAACAAACCACAAGACGCCAACUGAAGAUCGGACAACAGGCGCAGACACACACAUGACAAACCACCACACACCCAACGCACCGCACCCUGUGUGGUUGAGCUGACUGACUGACUGACUGACCACUUUGACUCUGCCGUUCUCGGCCAGUGCCCUGACGUCGAUGAUGACGGCUUGCGGCCCCGUGUUGAUGGACAGCGGGGUCCUCCCCUGCUGCUGCGGCGGCGUCUGGAUGGGCCAGCGGGUCAAGGGCGCACCUGUGUCGGAGGACAGGUACAGCGGCACCAGGGAUGACGGCAGCGCACAACCCGACGCCUCAACGUUGUGCAGCAGCCUCUGCACAUCCAGCCUCUGCACAUACAUACACACACACACACACACACACAGAGAGAGAGAGAGAGAGAGAUGGGCGGAGGCGGGCCGGACGUGUGUGGUUUCCGUCCGUCCAUCCAUCCAUCCAUCUCUCUCUCUUACCGCGAGGAACUGUAUUGGUCGGUUUCCGUCUGCGCGUGCGUCGGUGAGGAAGCCUCCCUGGUUGAUGAAGUUGAGGGGGCCGACCGGCGACACUUGCUCUCUGUCCCUGUCCGCCCCGGCCUUCUCCAGGAGCAUGGUCUUGAUGACCCUGGUCAUGCCCCCCACGGGCAUCGACAUGACGGAGCACCUGAAGCGUGAGACGAUGUCGAGGAAGAAGGUGGGCGAUCGCCAGAAGGUGUCGGGCGAGGUGAGGUGGCACUCGAAGCCAAAGAAGAGGCUCGUGAGGAUGAAGUACAUGAGCCCACUUCCGAAGUGGAGCGGCAGCCAGCUGAACAGCCGCACAGAGUGGCCCGUGGCGUAUCGUGACAGCGUCUGGCGCUCCGUGUAGGCCCUGUGCAGCCGGUCGGGCUGGCAGGUGAGGAGGUGCAUCGACCGCCUGGCAUGGAGCUCGCGCAACAUCUUGUAUGGCCGCCAUGCGCCCAUGUCUGUCACCUCGUUGGCGCUGUCUAUGUUGAACUUGAGCCGGCCCUGGACCAGCUUGGCCUCCUCGCGAUCGUCGACGGCGAUGGCCGAGGCGUAUGCGCACAUGAUAACCCGCAGCUGGUCGUGGGUGAUCAUCGUGAGGCGAUGGUUGAUGUCGUUGAAGAGGAUGAGCGCGUCAUCUCUCUCGCCGACGUCCAUCUGCUCGCCUGCCGGGCCGUCGAAGAGGGCGGGGAUGUCGCUCAUGUGCACGAUGGCCUCAUUGCUCCUGUCGUCCCUGACCAUGAGGAAGGCUGAGAGGUUGAUCUGCUUGAAGGUACACUUGGGGAGGGAGGAGGUGCAGCAGGUGGGGUGCUCAAGCAUGGCGUGGGAGGCCUCGUUGAAGAUGAGGGCGUCGGGCUUGAUCUGGUCGAAGAUCGUCUGGAUGGCCUUGAAGUGUGGGUCGCUCGCGUCGUCCAGGUUGCCCACGUCCACAGGGAUGGCCACAAUGCCGUACCACAAACACGACACCAGAGCUAACACGAAAUCCUGCAAGGAAGGUGCACAACACACACACACACACACACACAACCACAUGCAUGUGUGUGAUCCUCCCCUCUCUUUCUCUCUCUCUGGUUGCCAGCUCACCAGCGAGUGUCCGAUGAAGAUGACGGCUCUGUCGCCCUUUCUGAGGCCGACGCCGUUGACGAGUAGCCACCCAAUGCGCCUCGCCUCGGCGAACAGCUGCUCAUACGUCAGUUCCGUCAUUGUAUGCCGGGGCCUCUCCUCGCCGAUCGAGUGCAGCGCAAACGCCGUCAGCGGCUUGCCGUCCUUUGUCUUGGCGCGAUGGUCUGCAGACACCGCCGCCCAGUAUUCGAGCGCCUCGCGGAUGAACACCGGCGCUUGGUCGCCCGAGUCGUCAGCAUUGGUGGUGUGUGGCAGCCCGUUGGCCGCCGCCUCAGCCAUCGUGCUGAGAGGCCCAGC